CAACACUGAUGGAUGCGUCAAAGAUGGAUUUGCAAGUGGUGGAGGUAUCAUUAGGGACCACGCAGGAUACUGUAUCAAGGCAUUCUCAGCAUCAUAUGGCCCACGUUUCAUUUUGGAGGCUGAACUCAGAGCCAUACUAGAUGGGCUUCUAUUAGCCAGAGGACUUGGGAUUUCAGCUAUCUGACUCGAGGCAGAUUCAACAUUGGCUAUUCACUGUAUUACCAAAGGUGGAGAACCAUGGUCGAUUCAGGGUAUUCUUAGACAGAUCAGAGACCUCAUCUACUACGAUAGAGACACGGUUUCACACAUCUACAGAGAAGGCAACCAGGUUGCUGAUUCUCUUGCUACAGAAGGCUGGAAUCAUCGGCGCUAUCUAGAGUAUGGACCACUAGAACUGCCUCGACAUAUUAGGGCGAUAGUGCGGAUCGACAGACAUGGAUUGCCCAGUUUCAGAGGUGUUUCACGAUUUGAAUGUACAAAUAUCAGAACUAGUCACAGAAUAAAGUAUUAACCGUGGAGAUAGACGUCAUCAAGUCACAGAUGUCGAGCCUCAACUCUGAUUAGGCAAAAAAGAUAACUAAAAUCAUCCUGAUGUAAGGACAGUCAUAACGCGACAUGAUCGAGAUUAGGAAAAACAUGCAGUUCCUGUCUGAAUCCAUGACUGCAAUGAUCUCAAGCUCAAUAGAUGAGAUUUUAAGGCGAUUUAAUGACAGGAAAGGCUGUCAGUUAAUGAGUACGAAGAAACAGAAGCUACAGUAGUUGGAGGUGAAGAAAGUCAUGUUAUCGGAGGAUUCGAGAAGAUCGACGAGGUACGUACAUGAUAAGUUCAAUCUAUCUUUCACUAACCAUAGUUACAGUUUUCAUGUCUCAAAUUCUCCAAUUUUACAGACAGGUGGAAAAUUGCAGCAUGUUGUCGAUAGGAAAAGGAAGGGGAAGGUUGACCCAACUGAUGAUGUUGCCUUUCUAUGUAGUCUUCAAUCGCCAUCAUUUGACCUCGGUAUCGGAUACACACAACUAAAUGAUUUACAGUCUGCAGAAAUUCAAAAGCAGGGAUCACCAGCUCCUGAACCAGUUUCUGAAUUACCGAUUAAGUGGGUUUCAAGGCUUGCGAGGAUAUUGCGGUCUCCAUUUGUUAUCAGGAAAGGAAAGGAAAAAGUUUAAUGAGCACGAUGACCAAAUCAAACCAGCCUUUAGUAUUGGCUUAUACUCAGUUGGUCACAAGACAUGGCUCCACCAGCUGAUAGAUGCUAAAACGUCUUUGAGCAGUUCGCAUACGGAUGCAUGCUUCUACUACAUUCAUCAAGUAGUGAAAUUUGGAAAAGUAAAGUUUAGAGCUACAACGAUGGACUCUUGGUUCCAGAACAAGAUAAAAAGAUAUAUUUCCAACUUUCCAAAAAGAUCCUCAUGUUCUAUUAUCGGAGAGCGGCUUGAUUAAGGUUGUCACAGGUCACAUGAUAUCCCUGAGCACAUCUUGGGCCGAUGUAGACUAUGUGUUCAUGCCACUCCUGCCUACGAACAAAGCUCAUUGGAUGCUAGUUCUAGUAGAAUUUAGAAGCCAUACCUUGAUGCUGUUCAAUUCUGCUGGAAAAACUUAUCAUGAUUGGAAGGUACUGGAAGGUAUUGAGCCUUAUGUGAAGGUAUUACCUGCUCUUAUGAAAGCGUGGAAAAUUUUGAAAAAAAGACCCCGAUUAUAAUGAAUCUGAAUGCAAGCAAAUGAAGGUGACCAUUGACAGUACCCUGCCUCAGCAGACGAAUGGGUAAGUAUGUGACCAAGACUAUGCGUAUAACUUGUAAACUAAUUAAUUCAAAACAUACUAUAUUGUGUUCUUUUACAGUCAUGACUGUGGGGUAUUCGUGAUAUUGUAUGCAUUGUAUAUCCUCCGUGAUGGCAGAUGUUAUAUUUUCCAUCAAUUUGAUGUAGCAAAAUGUAGACUUGAUGUCGCCUCGCUACUCUACAAACACCGAAAACCUUACGUGAAGAAGGCGAGGCAGGCUUUUAAAGAGGAGGAGAUUGUAAUAGAAUAACAAAUAUGAAAACAUUUGUAAAUGAAUUUUAUGCUUCAGUUGGUAGCUUUUUAUAUUUUUUUCAAGCAGUGGAGGUGUUUGUACUCAAUACUGUCAUGUGAAUGUGAAUAUGCUUUUGCAAUACAUG